GACGAGGGCACUGGCGUGAAGAUCGUCAAGUCCAUGGAUAGGGGCAACCCCCUCAUGAGGCUCAAAGACGAUCGCGAGGAGAAGCCGCAGGUGGCGCAGCUGAUGAUCCACUUGUUCGACACCCCGGAGAUGUGCCUCCACUACGCGCGCAGCCUCGCUGACAAAUAUAUUGGAG